UGUUUGUGGCCUAUAUAUGUCAAUUUUUGAAAAAACUUUGUAAAAAAUGUAUAUGAAAGAAUCGGAACAAACGCAAAGUUAUCUCGAUAUUAGUUAUUUGAUAGAUGAUAUGUUUUUAUUAGUCACUGUAAUUUUUGCCUUAAUAGGAUGGCUUAUUACUGCAAUUUCAUUAAUUAUUUCGAAUAUUAGAAGUUUAUAUCUUCCUUAUUAUUCGUGGUGGGUUGCUGUAUAUCAAAUUUUUGUCAUUUUUUGCGUUGUUGCAGUGAUUCUAUCAAAUUCUGGAAAUACAUACCGGAUUGCUCUAGUAGGAUUAAUAGUAGUUGCAUUGUGUUCUCAAGCACUACUAUGUGAUAGUAUAAUAUAUUAUUCAAAGCCAUCUCAACGUGCUGUUGCUUCCGGAUGUAUUUUUCUUUCUAUUGUUGAUGUUUUAUGGAUAUUAUAUUAUGGAACUGGAAAUGAUUCUUUUUGUCAUUUAUGGACGAAUUCAUAUAUACUUGAAUCUUCUGAAAAUAUUAAGCUUGUUCCUAAAGUUUCUUCGGAUAAAAUUGUAGCUAGUGGUGAUAGUCUUAUUGGGUCUUAUCGUAAUAAUAAUCAUGUUGAAACGACAUAUACAGCUAAUGAACAUUGUUCAUUAAAUUUCUUAGAUAGUACAGCAAAUAAUACUGCUGCACAGCAUGAAUAUCCACAUAAAGUGAAGGCGAUUUAUUCAUAUAAUGCAAAUCCUGAUGAUCCUAGAGAGAUAUCAUUUGUUAAGGAUGAGAUCUUAGAAAUAUCUGAUAUUACUGGAAAGUGGUGGCAAGCUCGAAAACAUGAUGGAACUAUAGGAAUUAUUCCUAGCAAUUAUGUGCAAUUAAUAGUAAAAUGAUAAUAUAUUUGAGAUUUGUAAUGGCUUUAUGAUUCAAUACUAGAG